AUGUCCGUGAGCAGCGGGACCCAGGGAGCCGACACCCUCAAGCUGGACCUCGUGGGCUCAAAGGCCAGCGGCCAGAAGCAGGAGGAGGACUCGGGGAGCGGGGACCGUGGGGCCGGUGUCCCUGGGGCCCCAGGCCCUGUGCUGUGCGAGGGUGGGCGCUGGCUGCUACUCAGGGCGCCCAUUCCCGAGUUCCGAGCGUUCCAGGCCUUGGUUCAUCUGGUGAAAGGCAAUGUGGGCACGGGGAUCCUGGGCCUGCCCCUGGCCAUGAAGAACUCGGGCCUCCUGGUGGGAUCUCUCAGCCUGAUGGCGAUGGGCUUUGUGGCCACCUACUGCAUGCACAUUCUGGUCAGGUGCGCCCAACACCUGUGCCGCAGACUCAACAAGCCCUUCCUGGACUAUGGAGAGACCGUGAAAUAUAGCCUGGAGGCCUGUCCCAGCGACUGGCUGCGCCGACACUCAUACUUGGGCAGGCGCACGGUCAUCUUCUUCCUGGUGGUCACCCAGCUGGGCUUCUGCUGCGUGUACAUCGUGUUUCUGGCAGACAACCUGAAGCAGGUUGUGGAGGAGGUGAACAGCACGACCACUGACUGCCAGGCCGGGCUCAUAACGGAGCUGGUGCCCAGCGUCGACUCGCGCCUCUAUAUGCUGGGCCUGCUGCCCGUCCUUUGUCUGCUGGCCUUCUUCCGGAACCUCCGUGUGCUCACCGUGCUCUCGCUGCUGGCCAACGUGAGCAUGUUCGUCAGCCUGGCUAUCUUGACGUAUUACAUCGUACAGGACAUCCCAGACCCGGGUCAGCUGCCCCUGGGGUCCAGCUGGAAGACAUACCCCCUCUUCUUCGGCACGGCCGUUUUCUCCUUCGAGAGUAUAGGCAUGGUGCUGCCUCUAGAGAACAAGAUGAAGAAUGCCCACCGAUUCCCGACCAUCCUGUCCCUGGGCAUGACUCUGGUCACCGCGCUCUACACGAUGGUGGCUGUGCUGGGCUACAUCCGUUUUGGGGACAAGGUGCAGCCUAGCAUCACCCUGAACCUGCCCAACUGCUGGCUGUACCAGUCAGUGCGGGGCCUCUUCAUCCUGGGCAUCCUCUGCUCCUACACGCUGCAGCUCUACGUGCCGGCCGAGAUCAUCAUCCCCUGGGCGCUGGCCCGGGUGGCCGCACGCUGGGCCCUGCCGCUGGACUUGGCCAUCCGCCUUGCUUUGGUGGGCCUUACAUGCAUCCUGGCCAUCCUCAUCCCCCGCCUGGACCUAGUGUUGGCUCUGGUGGGCUCCGUGAGCAGCAGCGCGCUGGCGCUCAUCAUCCCGCCGCUGCUGGAGAUUGCCACCUUCUCCUCGGAGGGUCUGAGCCCCCUCACCAUUGCCAAGGACGCCCUCAUCAGCCUCCUGGGCUUCCUGGGCUUCGUGGUGGGCACCUAUCAGGCACUGGAAGAGCUCCUGCGGCCGAGCCAUGGCCCCUUCCCGGCCUCCAACUCCACUGCCUUGAUGUACUGA